AUGGAUGAGCUAGAGGAAAAUCAGAAAGAUAUUCAUCUUACGUUACAGGAAGCCCAGAAUAACAAUAACAGGAAGCAGAAGCAAGGGAAGAUGGGAGACAUCAUAGACAUGCCAACAUUAUCUUUCAUCUCAGACAAUACAAGUGAGAGCAUGGAUGCUAAGUGUCAUACGGCACAUUUGGAUGUGAAGGGAAGAACCAGUGCUUUGCAGUCAGGAGAAUCCACCAAUGCAGAGGAGCUGGAAGAGCUCUGCUGCAAGCAGGUCACAGCUGCUGAUAUUGAGCUUGAGAAGAUGAGGUGGGAUUUUGUGCUGGCUAAACUGAAGUAUGAACAUGAGGACAAUGAAAAGCAAAGGCUUCAUGAGGAGAGAAUGGAGCAGAUUCAUCAACAGGCAGUGAAAAGAUCAUUUAGCCAAGGACUGCAAGAUCUACUCCGGCCCCCAAACCAGUAUGCCUUGUUCCUGUACUGCUUCAUUUUUAUUCAUGUUAUUUAUACAGUAAAGGAUCUGGCCUUCUACUUUUUCCAAAACCAUUUCCUGUUCUGUUUUGCUAUUGUGUUCUUUUUCAUUCUCAAAAAGAUUUUCCAGGACUACAAAAAUAAGAAAAAAUGCUUUUAAAAAAGGCAGCGUUCAUUUUUCUGCCCCUGAUUUUGCUGCUUUUUAUUAUUGUUUCCUCACCACCCCAAUCGUACGUGCAGGAUUUCAGCUAAGAUUAUAUGCACAGAACGUAAUAAUACAAAACUGAUUUUCUGAAGAAAAUUGGGACUGAAUGACAUCAUUUGACUUCAUGCUGUCUCACCAACAUGUUUAGCAUCAUUCAGGGGCAUUUAUCUAUACAAAUAAACUGAUAUGCAAUGAGAAAUCUUUUCCAAAUGUGUUUUAUUUUUUCUCACUUCCUUGGAUUAACACAGUGACUUGGUUUUACCUAUAAUAAUUUUUCAUGGAGAGGUUUCAGAGCUAGAUUCGUUAGCAGAGAGGUAAGUGCUCAGGGGAAUUUAAUAUUGUAAUGUGUUCACUGCCAUGCGCUGGGCAGACACCGUGCUUUGGAUUGAGGCUCCCUGCCUCUGGGAUAGAAACAUUCCCCUCUGUGCUGUGGCAUCAUCUGUAGUUACACACAGGUUCAGUCAGCAGCAGAGCAGCAAGCGCUGGCAAACACUUAUGUUCUUUGUUAAUGAGGUGUCACCAUUUCUGAAGUUCCCACACCGGUAAGGAAAGAUACCUAAUAUAGUCCCAUUAAAAAGACAUUUUGUCUAGUGAGAUGAGACCUUUUUUAAUGCUAUUUUAAUCAUGCAGUAGAAGAUACUCCCAACUGAGAAAAAGUGAAGAGUUGUCUACCAUAAAGUAGUAUGUCAGGCUAGAGUAACUGCAAUCUCAUGACCUUUCCAGUGGCAUUACAAUCAGAACAAAGUUCACCCAUAUAUCCUCGUACACGUAUGACUUUCAUUUAAAUAAUUCCCGUCUAAGUCUCCCUUCUCUUUGCAUUGCAUUCUUAACAGGAAAACACCCUCAAAAGUAUUUGAUAAUCAGGCUGGAUAUCCAAAACCACAUUCAGGUCAGGGUUUACAAUGAUGAAAGGAGCGUAGUCUAACCUUACUCAGGACUGUAUCUGUGAUAAUUCUGACCUCAGUCAACAUGGUAUUCAUUGGGCAUGGCAAUGGCAAUGUGUUCACAAAACUAGUGCUGCAUACAAGGCUGUGUGAACCACGGCAGUAAAGAAGAGAGUAUUUCAGAUCCAGGUUUAUUGACUCAGUAGCUUCCUGACAGGGCAGAAUGAGCGUAGAGCACAGGGUCUUGCAUUUCCACAGCUUCUGCAUUUCUGAAGCAGUGGGAGGUUACAAGGAGGGUCUGCUUUACAGAUACGGAAAAAUCUGCAGAAGAUUGAAAUGAACUAUGACA